CAGUCACCCUUUCACGAUGAACGGCCAGGAUUCCGGUUCCUCAUCCUCAGCAAAUUCGUCUGUGAGAGCCACCAAACGGAAAUUGGAUGAUGCUUUCAACCGUCUCGACGUUGCAGUCAACCCAAAGGAUACCACAAGCAGCGACCAACCUCCAACAAAGAAACCCUCUCUUUCUCGGUCAAUAUAUUCUACUCUUGCAAAAUAUGGCAUCAAGGCCAAGGAACCAGCGUCCAAUUCGUUAGGGCCUCAUUUAAGCUCUCUAUCAAAAAGCACACCUCACCUUACUGCAAUUCUGUCGCGUGCCGCAAAUAGAACGCGUGAUAAAAGUCGAACCACACCGUCCAUAACGCCCUCAGGGCCCCUUGCAGACUACCGGCCAUCAUCCAUACCUUCCUUCCUCAGCCGUUUAUCCACAUUCAAACUAUCCACGUAUGCGAACAAACCUCCCCAGAUUGAUGCCGUGGCUGCUUCGAAAUGUGGUUGGGUAAAUGACGGGAAGGACAGAUUAAUGUGCGGAAUAUGUGGUGUUUCAUGGGUUCUUGCCGGAAAAGAAGGAAUGUCAAGAGAAGCUGCAAACGCUUUGAUUGAAAAACAACGUGUAUCCCUGGUCGAAUCCCACAAGUCUGGUUGUCCCUGGAGGACGCGUCAAUGCGAUGAACUCAUCUACCGGAUACCCCUUCAGUCUCCUGCAACGACCGUGCGAGACUUGAAAGCAAAUGCCUCCACUUUGGAUCCGAUCCUCCAGUCAAUAGUGAUCAAACAUCCCCUUACCCCCAAUCAGCUUAACUCUCUUCAGUCCGUAGUCACUUCCUACGUUUCUUCCUCAGACAGAGAGCAAGAUCCGCCGACGAGCGAAAACAAUUCACCACCGACUAUACCUUCAGUGACCUCAAUACUCACUGCAUUGUUCGGUUGGGAGCCUGCUCCGGAUCGUCCGCGAACAGCAUCCCUGUCACGCUCCAACUCCCGCGUUCCUACUUCAUCGUCUACUCCCACGUUAUCCCGAGCUGUUUCAUUGGCUCCUAGCACAUCACCUCGUCCCUCCCUACUCCAAGACGCCUCGAACAAAGUGACGGCCCGCGAUAACUCCCUUCUUCAUUGCACAUUAUGUCAACGACGCGUAGGAUUAUGGGCUUUUAUGUCACAGCCUUCUGCACCGUCCCAACAGGAAGAUGACCCGAGUGGUGCUCCUGAUGCUCGCCCGCCACCGCCCAAGCCGCGACAGUUUGAUCUUUUGAAAGAACAUCGAUCGUAUUGCCCAUACGUUGUGCGGUCUACUACAGUUCCUACUUUACCUACCAUGACUGUAUCGACCACAUCUCUUCCAGCGCAGCCAUCACGGACACGAAUGGGACAUGUACGGUCGAGUUCUUCAACUUCUCAAUUACCGAGUGCGAUAAAUGGACCAAUUGAAGGCUGGAAAGCUGUUUUGACUGUCGCUUUGCGCUAUAGAAUGGUACAAAGGCACCAGUCGAGUCGGAGGUCGAGACAGAUGAGCGAGGCGACAACGACAGGAAAUGAUGAUCCGAUGGAUGUAGAUAUGGAUGGGGUUGAGGCAAUGCUUGAAGGAGUAAAGACCCGUGGUGGAAAAGAUCUGUUGAGGUAUGUGAAAGGGCUUUUAGGAUGAACACACUGGCGGUUUUGGUUACCGUGGUCGCUCUGUUGUAUUUGUGGGAUGUACUGUAAUUAAGUGAAAAAAAAAAUCAUUGCUCGAUGUGAGAGG